AUGUUUGCUGCUUUUAUUUAUUGGUCAUUAUGGAAGUGCCGAAAUGAUCUCAUGUUUCGCAACAAGCUAUGGGAUCCGUUCGAUGCCGCUCAGCGGGCUCUCAAGAAUUUUACUGAUUUUCGGAAUAUCUGCUCUCAACAUGCUCUCUUCUCUUUGCCUUUGCCCUCUGCCCUUAUCCGUCUUCCCUCUUGGAUUGCUCCACCGCUUGGACGUUUUAAGCUUAAGUUUGAUGCCUCUUCCAAUCCGAUCUCUAAGUUUUGUGGGGGAGGUUUACUUCUUCGGAAUCAUCUGGGCCAACCUAUUCAGAUAGUUAUAGUUUUUUUCCGCAAUGUAUGCAGCUCCUCUGUAGCGGAAGGUCUGGUGCUCCAAGAGUCCUUUCAGCUAAUUAAAUGUUGGGGUUACAGUAACGUAGUGUUUGAAGGUGAUUGUAAACCUGUAAUGUCUCUUUUUCCCACGGAAGAGGCUCUUGUGGUUAUUUUUGAAGAUGUUUUUAUUCUUCUUACGCCUUGCUCGGAGGCUUCCCUUGUGUGGACUCCUCGUUUAUGUAAUGUGGUUGCUCAUUUGUUGAGUAAAUGGCUUUGGAAGUCAAUUGUGGUGACUUGGAGUGGCGCAUAUGGCUCAAAUGGUUGUUAA